AUGCAGAACAGACAAGGAUACUGCAGCUACUGCUGUGUGCGCUAUCAUAGCCUGGAACAGCAUGUGGCCAGCAGUCAGCACAGAUACUUGACCACACAGAACAGACGCACCACGAGUUUGAUGGACCGUUUCUUGCAGGAUGUACUGCAGCAUCACCCAUAUCAUUACCAAGAGAGCAGAUCAGUGCAAAGUGAGAGACUUCCUGUGAAUACCGUAUCACAUUCUGAAGUGGUUCCUACUGACAAUGUUAUUUCUGAAGAAAUGUCUGAGAAUGAUACUGGAGUCAGAAGAGAAAUAUCAGCCAAAUGUUGUGAACCUAAUGAGCAGUUAUAUUCCAGGUCUAGUAAAUCUCAGGAAUAUAUACAGGGUGUUUCAGUUCGACCAUCAGUUAUUCAAAAAUUGGAGAAGGGACAGCAGCUACCUUUGAAAUUUGUUCACAAAGUUGGGAGUGGUUUGAGUGAAUUUCAUCAAGUAGGUAAUGAUCAAACCACAAAUAAUGGACAAAACUCAAUAUAUCCCUCAGUGAUUUCUCAUGCUCCGGCUAGUUUAUCUGAAUUCUCUUAUGUUAGACCACCUACAACUAAUACUACUGAGUUACCACAAGUGAUCCAUUUGGAGUCUGUUAGCAGAUGUGCCCCUAGCAAAGUUGACAGAUACCAAGAUGUAGAGUCUCAGGGUAAAACUUUGUCAACUGACUUUAAAUUCCAUGAUGUAAUGGGUACUGAAGACUCCUUAAAAUGUGAAACUUCUUCCAAAUUAGUAGUAAACCCAACUGUAAGCCUAAAUAAAACUGACAUGCCUGCUAAUAAAGAAGUCUUGGAAGAUGCCAUUUCAAAGUAUAAUGAGAAGCUUUCUAAUAUGGAUCAUACUAAAGAAGAAAUGCAUUUGGUUUUUAAUAAGGCAGCCUUUUUGGAAUAUAAGAGCUCAGAGAGUUCUGAAAUAAAGUUUGGUUGUGGCUCUCUGCAAUCAGGUUCUGAACAACCUAAAACAUUUGUGCAAGACAUUUGGGAGGAAAGGCAAAUUGACCAAGAAGAUAAGAACAGUGAAUUGAGAAGUUAUAAAAUCAGUUUUGACUGUAAUCCCUGUUUUCAUUCACUGACUGGCCAAUCUAAAAUGAUGGCUAAAGAAAUAAACCUUUCACGUAAACUACAUGCUAAUUUGCAGUAUAAGAAUAAGAAAUCCUGUGAUUGUGGUGGCUCUUCUCAGUUGGCUUCUAACCAAAUUCGUGUAAUUGUUAAAGAAACACGUCUUCAGAAGGCAGUGCCUAUUAGCCUGGUUGAUGAAAGUUAUGAAUCUAGUGAUUCUGAGAUGACUUUUGACUGUGGUGCCUCACUUCAGUCAACUGAUGACUCCCUCCAACAGCCUGCAAAAGUGGUAAGCCUUCCUGAGAGGGUACACAUUGAUUUGGUUGAUAAGGACUAUGGAUCUAGCAGCUCUGAAGUAAGUGCUGAUUCCUUUUAUUCAAUUCAGUCAGUGGUUCACCAACUCCCAGUGGCUGUCACAGAAACAAAACUUAACAAUCAGGAACACAUUGACUUGGUGGAUAAGAAUUAUGGAUCAAGUUGUUCAGAAAUGAGUUUUGAUGAUUAUGUUCCUCAGUCAGUAGUUGACCAUCCCCAACUGGCUGUCAAAGAAAGAAACCUAAAGGAUAGAUGUGUCUACCUGAAAAAUGAGAACCAAAAUCCCAGUAGUGCUGAAUUACAUCUUGAUUGUGAUGACUCUUUGAAUACAGUGACUGAUGAAUCUCAAAGGAAUGUUGAAGAAAUAAAUCUUCUGAAAGAGAAGAAGAAUCUAGUGGACAUAAACUGUAAAUCACAUGGUCCUGGAAUGAAUUUUCACACUGAUGCUCAGUUAGUAGCUGACCAUCUCCAAGAAGCAGUUAAAGAAGUAAACUCUGAAGAAGUAGCAACUAACUUAGCAAAUAAGAGUGCCAGAUCUAGCAUUUCUGACUUGAGUUUUGAUUCUCAUGAUUUUCCUUACAACCCAACCAAUGAUCAACUGCAAGGUACUCUGGGUGAAUUAAAUGUGAAAGAGUCUAAUAUUCAUAUGGAAAUUAAGAGCUGUGGGUGUUCCAGUUCUGAUUUGACUUUUGAUUCUGAUCCCUCUUUUCUGUCAGCCACUGAGCAUUCUGAGCUAUAUAUUGAGGAAAUACGAAAAGAGUAUAUUAACCUCAAGAGUAAGAACUGUGAAUCAGAUAGUUCUGAAAUAACAUUUGAAUCAGAUAUUUCUCUUCAUUCAGUUGACCAACCUCAGAUAACUGUUCAUGAGGAAGAAUCUCAUGAUCUGGAAAAUAAGAGUAAUGAAUCUUGUAUUCCUGAAAUAAACUUUGAUUCUGAUGCACCUCUUUAUUCAAGAACUGGUCGGCCUAAAGUAGAUGCCAAAGAAAUAUUUCAGAAGGAAGAAUAUGCAUACUUAAGAUGGAAGAAUGAUGAACCCAGGGGUUCUGAAAUAAGUUUAGAUUCUUCUGUAUCUCCUGUAAUUAAUUCUCCUGAAGUAGCUAUUAAAAAGAUACAACUUCAAAAAGAAGAGAAAGUUCACUUAGAAAAUAAGGAAAAUGAAUCUAGUAGUUCUGAAAUAAGUUUGGACUAUGAUGCUUUUUAUUCAAUGGCUAAACGAUCUGAAGACACCCUUGUAGAAGCAGACCUUCAGAAAGAAAAGCAGGUACACCUAGAGAAUAAAAGUACUUCUGAAAUAAGUUUGGAUUCUGAUGUCCCUCUUUUAUCAGUGACUUGCAAACCUGAAGUAGUUUUUCAAGAAAUAAGGCUUCAAAAAGAAAAGCAUGCUGAUAGAGUCCAAGCUAAAAGUGCUGAAUUCAGUGUUUCUGAAGUAAACUUGUGUUCUGAGCUUCAUUAUUCAGUGACUGAUUCUCAAAUUGCUGGUAGAGAAAUUAAUGUUCAGAAAGAAGGGCAUAUUGUUGAAGAAAACAAGAGUGUUACUUGUAGUGGUUCUGAAAUGAUUAUAAAUUCUAAUGUCCCUUCUCUCUCAAUGACUGAUCAGCCUCAACUAACCCUUUUGAAGGAAAAGCAUACUGAGUUGGAAGAUGCAAACAAUAAAUUUAAUGAUUGUAAAAUAAGUUUUUAUUUUGACAACCCUCUUAAAUCAUUGACUGAGCAAUUUCAGGAAGUGGCUAACAAGACAAGCCUAUGUAAGGAAGAGGAUAUUGACCUGGAAAAUAAUGAGGAAAAUAAUGGUUCUAAAUUGCACAAUUCUGAUGUUUCUCAGUUUGUGACUGAUCAACCUGAAGUAGCUGCUAAACGAAUAAAACUUGAAAAUGAAAGUCGUGUGUACUUGGAAAGUAAGAACAGCCAAUACAGUGGUUCUGUAAUGAGUUUGCAUUCUGAUUUCUUGGUCCAGUCAGUAGUUGAUCAACCUCAAAUAAACAUCUUGCAGCAGGGACAUACUGAGCUAGAAAGUAAGCAUAGUCAAUUUUUUGGUUCUGAAAUAAGUUUUGAGUCUGAUGACCCUGUUCAGUCAGUGGCUGAUCAGCUUAGAGAAACUGUUAAAGAAAUAAGCCUUUGGAAAGAUGAAGCUGACAUGGAAGAUAGGAAGAAUGAAUCUAAAGGUUUUGAAAUAGUGUAUGAUUCUGGUGUCAUCGUUCACUCAAUGUCUGGUCGAACUGAAGAAGUCGUUAAGGAAAUCAAAUUUUGGAAGGAGCAUGUUGACUUGGAAGAUAAGACAGGUCAGCCUAGUGAUUCAAAAGUAAAUUUUGAUGCUAAUGAACCUCUUCAGUUUGUGACUAGUGAAAUUCAAAAAGACAUUACAGAAAUAAAUCUUCUGAGGGAAGGUCAUGUUUGUCUAGAUGGAAAAAGCUAUGUAACCAAUGAUUCUGAAAUAAUUUAUGUUUCAAAUGUCCCACUUCAGUCAGUGACUGAGCAGCCACCUGCUUUAGAAGAGAAACAUUCCAAUAGGAAAGAUGAGAACAGUGGACCAUGCGGACCUGAAACAAGUUUUGCUUCUGUUGAGCAUCUUCAGUCAGUGACUGACCAUUUUCAAAAAGGUGUUAAAGAAAUAAGUGUUUGGAAGGAAGAUCAUGUUUACCUGGAAGAUAAGAGCUAUAAACUAGGUGAUUUUGAAGUAAGUUAUGAUUCUGAUAAUCCCAUCCACUUUGUAGCUGACCAGUCUCCUGUCAGAGAAAUAAACCUGCAGAAGAAGUCUCACAGUGACCUAAAAAGUAAACGCUAUAAGUCUAUUAUUUCUGAAAUAAAAUGCAAUUCUGGGGUUUGUCUUCAGUUAAAAGUGGACGAACCUCAAAUGAUUUGCAAAGAAACUAACUUUCAGAAGGAAGAGCAUCUUGACAUGGGAGAAAAAAACAGUGAAUCUAGUGAUUGUGAACUAAUAUGUGAUUCUGAUAUUCCUCUUCAUAUAGUAGUUGACCAACAUGGAGUGUCAAUCAAAGAACCAAAUCUUCAAAAGAUGUUAUUUGUGGACUUGGUGACCAGUGAUAAUGAUUGUGAAGUGAUUCCUGAUUCUGAUUCCAAUUUUCAGGCAGUGAUUGACUCACCUCAAAUGACUGUCAAAGAAAUCAAUUGUAUAAAUGCAGAAAGUUUCCGUUUAGAAGGUGAGGGCCAUAACUAUUACAAUUCUCCAGUGGGAUAUGUUUGUGAAGUUUCUCCUGGCUCACUGACAAACCAAUCUAGAGAGACUUUCAAAGUAGUAAACCAGAAGAAAGAUUAUAUUAUUCUACAAGAGUCAAGCUGUGCGUCUUAUGGAUCUGAAGUAAACUUCCAAGUUGAUGCCUCUCUUCAGUCCUUGACUUGCCAAUCACAAGGACAUGAUAAAAAAAUGAUGAACUACAUUGACCUAGAAGAUAAGAGCUGUGAUUCUCAUAGUCUUAAAAAAAACUUUAAGUGGGGAGGUGCUUCUCAGUCAGUGAUUCACCAACUACAGAAAACUGGCAAAGAUGUCAGCCUUAAAAAAGAUCUAGAAAACAUUGACCUACAAGACAAGAACUGUAAAUCUAGUGUGUCUGCAAUGGAUAGGAAUGCCUCUCCUAAGUCAACAGUCCAUCAAAGGAUUGAUAAAGAUAAUUUUUUGAAGUUAAAACAUAAAAAUCUACACUUCAUGCGCUGUGAACCUCAUUCUGAGAUGAAUUUUCCAUGUGAUCCCUCUUUUCAGUCUGACCAGCUUCAUGAAGCUGUUAAUAAAACAGGUGUAUCAGAGAAAAUGUCUUUAGGACGGAAAGAAAAGAACUAUAUAUCCCAUUCAAACUCUGUUCCUGUGGCUGAUUCUAGAGCGAACCCAGGAAAAACAAAAGGAGCCAUACAAAAUAAUCUUGAUGAACCAGUUCUUGAAGCUUUGCCUCAUGUACCUCCUUCAUUCGUGGGGAAAACGUGGUCCCAGAUAUUGAAAGAAGAGGAUAUGAAAAUUAGUGCUCUUGUGAAGGAAUUCAGGGAAGGCCAUUUCCACUGUUACUUUGAUGAUGACUGUGAGACCAGGAAAAGAAAAAAAAAAAAUUUGAAUAAAGGGAAAAGGAUUACCUGGGCUGAUAUAAAUGAGGGGAUGACAUCAAUUCAAGUUUUCUCAGACUAUGAUGAUAAUACAAGUGAUAUUUCAGAUAUUGACUUUUCCGUGGCCUUAGAUAAAUUUAGCCAUCAUUCUGAAGUGAAAAUGCCUUAUGAAUAUCCAUGGCGAGUAGCAUCUCGAUGCCAGGCUGUAAAAGUCAGCCAUGGAACUCAAACCAAUGUCAUGAGUCACCCAGGGACAAAAACAACUGGCCAAGAAGACGACUUAACAAUGAGGAAGAAUUCACAGAAGGACAUAGAAAAGAUAAGGAAAGUGACAAUUGGAGAACUUGAAUUUCUGCAAUUGGGUACUCAUGUUCUGAAGCCUUUGCAACCCAAUGCCUUACUCUGUAUUCUCUCUGCAAAUAUGUUUGAGUUGCAGGAAGAUAAUAAAUCCUUCAGCCUCCCUAAAAAGAGGCCCCAUAGGAAGAAGAAGAAUCACAGUUUUAACAUCCAGUACAGAUAUAAACGGAAUUCCUUUAGUUCUUAUGACCCAUUAAAGAGGCAAAUUCCAAGUAAUCCUCCUUCGAAUAUAGAAGUACCAGAGCAUUAUCGGGAUAAUGAGGUUAACAAUGAUUUUCAUGGGAGUGACUUAAAUGUGGAAGAUGGUGAUGUCGAUUUGCAAAGCUUUGUAAGAAAUGAGUCGGUGGCAUGUGAGUGGGCCAGUGGAUCUUCCAUCUCUCUAGAAAAGUCCAAGGUUUUGAAUUCUAAUGCAGCUCCAAGGGAAAGUGAUUUCCAGUUUACUCUUCCAAAUUGUGGUAUUACCAAAAGCUCUCCAAAAUUGGCUACAAAGAAGCUUUUAGAAAGUAAAAAGAAGAUUCAGAGAAGGAAGGUGACAACUAACAAUAAGCCAGGCUUUUCUAAUCUGGUUUGUAAACCAAUUACUCUCCAGCAAAAAAUGGGAAUUGCUUCAGAAAAACAAUCAGUUUGGAUUCGGACAAAACUAAGUGAUAUAAUUAGAAAAUAUACUUCUAAAUUCUCUGUCUUUUUGCGUCACAAAUACCAAUCAAGAAACAUUUUUAUUAAAAUGAAUCUUAAGAAAAGAUCUGACAUCAGCAUGUUAAAGAAGGCAAAGAGACCAGUCAAGAUACUUUCUAGCUCCUCGGUUUUGCCUGCUGGCCUGGAAGAACAGCCGGCCGGAGAUCUUGCAAGCUCUUCUCCAGAGCAGCCUGUGCAGGCUUCAUCCAGCAUUGUACAAAGUAGGAAGAACGGUAAGAAAACGUGCCCUAGGAAAAAACCAAACAAGCCUGUUAAACCUGUUAGAGUAUAUGCUUUGAGAAGUAUGUGUGCUGAGAUGCCAUAUUUUAGUAGAAUAAAGACAAGGCAGUCAAAUCAGUGUGAGGAAAUAAGGUAAAUCCAGAGUGUUUGUGUUAA